CAACGGUCUCUGUAGGAUUCUCGAUAACAUACAACAGUGCAGAUCACGUACUUCAAAGACUUAGACAGAGACUCUGACACCAACAUGCUCUUGUUCCUCUUCUUGUUCGGUCUGGCUCUGGGUGCAGAGUCUCCUUCAGGUGACCAUCAAGUGCAGCUACAGCGUGACAACUGUCCCAUGUUCUGGUACAGCUUCAACGGCCGCUGCUAUAAGUACGUCGCCACACGAAUGACCUGGGCUGAUGCAGAGCUCCACUGUGUGUCAGACGGAGCCAACCUGGUGUCUAUCCACAGUCUGAAGGAAGAGAAUUUCGUCAAAUCCCUAAUCAAGAACUUUGACCACGCUCAGGGAGACACUUGGAUCGGACUUAGUGAUAUCCAAAAGGAAGGAGGAUGGAUGUGGUCUGAUGGGUCUGCAGUGAACUUUGUGUAUUGGAACGUAAGAGAGCCAAACAACAGUGGAGGAAAUGAACACUGUGGACACACAAACUUUGGCACUGAUUUGAAAUGGAAUGACCUUCCAUGUUCUCAGACUUUCGCUUUCGUUUGUGCAUCUCGCACAGCUUGUCCAUAGCAACCGAGAAGGUUUUGUCUGAUUCAACUCUGUGACUUUCCACCAGUUGCUCUGCAGUAAUGCAUUAAGCCUGCAUCAUAAAGAUACACAUGUGCAAGUGUAUGUACAGAAGUCAUUUCAUUAACCUUAAUUUUCUUGAAUGUUGGACACUAACAAAGAUUAUUUCAAAAGUGGAUGAAAGGGAAUACUUCCAAAAUGUUUGAAUGAUCUCAAAUUUGUCUUUUUUCCUCAUUGACCCAUCGAAAAAUAUAUUGAUUUAGAAGAAAAGUGAUUCAACUCUUAAUAAUUACAGUAUAUGGGUUGAAAGGAUACUUUCACAUGUAUAACUCUACUCAUGAAUAAAAGGAAUUGUUUGAUGAUGA